CCGAGAAGAGGGCACCGUUACAGCAGCAAAUCACUCUGGUUAUCUGAAGGGAGUAAUAUACAACCAAAUAUAGUGGCUCACUAGUGCUACACAGAACUCAGUUAGUUUGCAAGAUACAAGUGGUGCAAACUCAUUUCCUUCCUCUCAAGCACUGCACUAUCAACAGUCAUGGAGGAGAUGCUUGUGAAUGUACGGAAAUGGGUAGAAGAAAACAGAGCUGCCUUUUUGCCUCCGGUGUGCAAUAAGCUUAUGCACCGCCAUCAGCUCAAUGUAAUGUUUGUUGGUGGGCCAAACCAAAGGAAGGAUUAUCAUAUUGAAGAAGGAGAAGAGUUGUUUUACCAGCUGGAAGGAGAUAUGUGCCUGAAGGUAAUUGAGCGUGGAAAACACAAGGAUAUCUACAUUAAAGAAGGAGAGAUGUUCCUCUUACCAGCCAGAAUACCACAUUCUCCUCAAAGAUACGCUAAUACUGUGGGACUGGUCAUUGAGAGGAAAAGAUUAAAGACAGAAACCGACGGACUCAGAUACUACAUUGGAGAAUCAACCAAUGUCCUUUUUGAGAGAUGGUUUUACUGUGAUGACCUUGGCACACAACUUAUCCCAAUAAUCCAAGAAUUUUUCAGCUCCAAGCAAUAUCAAACUGGAAAACCCAAUCCAGAUGAACUUUUGAAAGAAAUUCCUUUUCCAUUAAAUGAUGCCAAGGUCAUGGAUCCUUUUUCCUUACAAGGGUGGCUGAAUGAUCAUCAUGAAGACAUAGAUCAGAAGAAAUUCUUGAGACUUUUUGGAGACAACUCUGAAACUGAGGUUAUAAUUUUUGGACCAGGAAUAACCAAAGAGGGAGGAAAGAAUGCAGAUAUAUGGCUAUGGCAGAUGGAAGAAUUAGAAACCUAUGGUUUGUUCCUGCCUUUUCAGGAAGGCACAUCUGUUGUUACUACUGACAGUAAAACCCUGAUUCUAGCAAAUGGAGACAGCCUUCUCAUCCCAGAACAGACCAAGUUUCACUGGAAGAGAGCCGAAGGAUCCAUUGUUCUUUCCAUUGUUCAGGAUCCAGCGCGGAAAAGACCCUACACCUGAGUUCUGCACCCAAACCCUUCUAGUGAGACUGAUUAA